AUGAACCAAGAAAAUAGCCCGCACAACCCUCUGAAAUAUGAUCACAAGCUGCCAGAAAAGAAGAUCAAUACUAUGGCCCUCCGGAUGGCGUUCUUUCAAAAGGUGAUGAGUGGUUGUGGUGCGCUGGCUUUCAUCUGGGCCACCGUGGUGCUGCUCGGUGGAUUCUCCACGCUGAUCAAGCAGAAGGAUUUCUGGUUCGUAACCAUCAUCGUCUUCAUGGAAGCUACCUGCUGUCAUCGUGGUGCUCGCGUCCAGGCAAAUAAUCACAAGGCCCUCCAGUGGUUGUCCAUCGGAGUGGCGGCGCCUGAGACCAAGCCGCCCAAGAAGCGCCCCAGAGCCUCCCGCCGCCCACCCACCACCGUGCUCACCACCGACACCUCCAACUUCCGCGCCAUGGUACAGGAGUUCACCGGCUUCCCGGCGCCACCAUUUGCCGUCGGGCUGUCCCCGUUCGUCCGCCCGCGGCUCCUCGGUGGCGCCUCCGCCUACGGCUCCCCCUUCCUGGUACGCCCGUGCCCUCUCAAGUACCCGCAGCAAAACCCUGCACUGCUGUCCUCCAUCGGCACUUGCACCACCACCGGCGGCGGAGCCAACUCUCUCAUGCACGCGCUCACGCUGUUGGCGAGGAGCAACGCUAUGCCAAGUACCCCCGCUGAUGUUACGACGGCCAGAGGAUCAGGUUCUGCUGAUCAGUACGGUGGCCACCACGGCCACGGCAUGGGAGAUUUCAAUUUCAACCCGUUUGACGACUUCGAGACUGAGACUUCGGCAUCGGCGGAAGGCGACAAGGCGGCGAACGGCGACCAUGCUGGGUUCUUCUCUUCCUUAGGCGGCGCCGGAGAUAAGUACGACCAGCACUAG